AUGGGAUCUAUUUCUAACCCAGAUAGUCGUUAUUAUAGGAGUUCUAGUGACUCGCCAGGAGUGUACGGUGGCCCUUUUGAUAAGGAUUUUGACAAGUUGAGUGCAUCACAACAAGAUCUUGCCAAGGAAAAGAUGUCUGAAAAAGACAUAGAGUUGGCCAACGAUGAGUUUAUCGAGGCACAAAUCAUUGAAGAGUCGCAACAUCAAAUCAACUACAGGAAUUGCUCUUGGCAAAAAACUGCUGGGUUGUUGUUCUCUGAGUAUAUUUGUUUGGCUAUUAUGUCAUUUCCUUGGUCGUACUCGGUUCUAGGAUUAGUGCCGGGUUUGAUCUUGACAGUGUUUGUAUCGCUUACCGUGUUGUACACCGGUUUGAUCAUCACCGACUAUGUUGCAGCAUACCCCCAUGUCACCAACGUUUGUGAUAUUGGACAACAUCUUUUUUUUGGUUCUAAGGUAGUGUGGUAUGUCACUGCUUUGAUGUUUUUACUUAAUAAUACUUUAAUUCAAGCAUUGCACGUCUUGACGGGUGCAAAGUACUUCAACACUAUUAGUGAUAAUUCAACAAUCUGUUCGAUUGUUUUCGCGGUUGUUACCAUGAUAAUAUGUUUUUUGCUUUCCUUGCCAAGGACUUUUUCGUCGUUAUCAAGUGUGGCAUAUUUUAGUGCCAUUACUAUGUUCAUUGCGGUUCUUCUUUCGAUGAUUUUCGCUGGUAUUCAGGAACAUCCUAAUGGGUAUGACGAAUUGAAAGAAGCUGUCAGCUGGAGACUUUUCCCUGCUAAGGGCACCACUUACGUUGAAGGAAUGUCUGCAUUUUUGAACAUUGUGUAUACCUUUGUUGGACAAAUCACAUACCCAUCUUUUAUCAGUCAAAUGAAAAGACCAAAGGAUUUCAAGAAAGCGUUGUACAUUGUUACAUUGUGUGAAGUUAUAACAUUCGCUCUUUGUGGGGCUAUUGUCUAUGUCUAUGUGGGUGACGAUUACAUGGUUGCGCCAGCUUUCGGAGGAUUGUCUGGAAACUAUAAAAAGGUUGCAUUCUCAUUCGCUUUACCAACAAUCCUUUUCUUAGGUUCGUUAUACGGUAAUGUUUCGUCGCAAUUCUUGUUCCUUAAGAUCUUCAACAAAGAUUCUGCUCACAGAAACAAUCAUACUAUUGUUGGUUGGGGUACCUGGAUAGGUUUGAAUCUUUUUCUUUGGGUCAUUGCCUUCAUUAUUGCUGAAGUUAUUCCUUUCUUCUCCGAUUUACUUUCUUUAAUGUGCUCACUUUUUGAUUGUUGGUUCGGUUUUGUUUUCUGGGGUGUCGCAUUCUUCAAGUUGAAGCGUUUACAUUACUCUAAACUAGGUGAAUCUAAGUUAUCAGUGUUUAAAAUAUUCCAUAGAGCAACACCUGUUGGAAAGGUAGAAGUUAUUAUAAAUAUAUUCCUUAUUGGUAUUGGGAUUUAUAUUUUAGGACCUGGAUUAUAUGCUACUAUUCAAAGUAUUAUCCUCUCCUAUCAAGCUAAUGCCUACGGAUCAGUGUUUUCAUGUGUGAGUAAUGCCAUCUAA